UAUGGCUGGCAGGCCUCUGCCCCCAGGACGCCAGGAGGAGGAGACUGCCAAAGACCCCGGGCCGAAACUACCACCAAUGAGGCCCCGAGGCCGCCUGCCCAGCAUUGAUGAGGCCCGACCCGCAGGUCUGGGCCCGGCCUCCCGCCGUGGCUCCGUGCUGGGUCUGGCUGCCUCCUUCUCCCGCCGCAACUCGCUGGCCGGGCCAGGCGCGGGCCCUGGGGGUCGGCGACCAUCCCUGGGCCCUGGGCCCCCUCUAGCCUCGCGGGUCAGUUUCUCUGGGUUGCCCCUGGCGCCCGCCCGUCGGGUGGCACCCUCGUACUGCACGGAGCCGGCGCCUGCGCAGCGUUGGGAGGCUGCGCGCGCACAGCGUGCUCUGGAAGCGGCGCUAGCCGCGGGGCUGUGCAACACGUGCUACUCGGGCGCCGAGGCCGGGCGGCUGGCGCGCGAGCUCUGCGAGCAGGUGCGUGUGCGCCUGCGAGAGCUCAGCCCGCCGCGCUACAAGCUGGUGUGCAACGUGGUGCUGGGGCCGCGCGCCGGCCAGGGCGUGCACGUGGUCAGCCGCGCGCUCUGGGACGCUGCGACCGACGGGCUGGCCUCGGCUACCUACACCAACGCCUCGCUUUUCGCGGUAGCCACGGUCCAUGGGCUCUACUGUGAGUGAGCAGGCCUCCAAGUCUACAAAACGGUUUAUUAUCCCAGGAGGCCUCCCUGGGGAUCACAUCCCAAUAAAUAAAUGUCUGACAAUAA